GAAUCUGAACCUAGCUUUAGCGAUCAUCUGAAAACCAGCCGUGUUUCAGCCAUGAGGCAUUUUUGGUCUGCUUCUGGGUCUUGUGUUAUUUUGUCUUUGCUUUUGGUUAAUCAGUUUGUUGAGGCUGCUGGUUUCCGCUGGAGCUCAUGUUCAAACAGGACUAAGGUCUUUUCCAGAAGAACUCGAGGUACUGAAACACCCACUCCCAUAGACUGUAAGUUGAAGAGCUGGACACCAUGGACCCGAUGUGACUCCUGCACCGACAAAACGAAACGUUUUCAGUAUGUGGAGCGCCUCUCCCAGUUUGGUGGCACUCCUUGUGUGCACAGCCAAUGGGAUGUAAAACUGUGUCCCCCUAUGGGCGAAUGCGAUCCUCAGGAUGAUUGUGGAGACAUGUAUGCGUGCCCUGAAACAGGUCGAUGCAUUAGUCAACAACUUCGAUGUAAUGGUGACUGGGAUUGUAUGUUCGGAAGCGAUGAAGACGACUGCGAGGAAAUAAAAAGUCUAGAAACCAAGUGUGUCGGCAUGCUCCCCAUCCCUGGAGCCCAGAAGGCCACACAGGGCUAUAAUGCCCUAUCUGACGUUCAAGUGAAUCCUGUUCUGGAUCAUAACUACUUCGGGGGCAUAUGUGACUACAUCUACAAUGGAGAGUGGAGGGAACUGACGUAUGACUCCUUCUGUGAACACCUUCACUAUAGUGAAGAUGAAAAAUAUUUCAGGAAGCCAUAUAACUUUCUAUCAUAUCGUAUGCUGGCACAUUCUCUCAGCCAGGGAUCAAUAGAUGAAUACAGUGACAUUGAAAGCUUAUUACAAGCUCGACAAAUAGAGAGAUCAUCCAGCUUGGGUUUUUCUUUUGGCAUUCAAUACGUGGAAGCUGGAAUAAAAGGGAGUCACGCAGAAAAGUAUUUGACCAACAUAACGCAGUAUGACAGUAAGGAAGUCCUGUUUAUACGACUGCUCUCGACGGUGGAGACGGCACAAUUUAAGAUGAGGAGUCGGGACCUGAUGCUGCAUGAGGACUUGCUGCAGUCGCUGAUGGAGCUGCCUGAGCAAUACGACUUCGGUGCUUACUCUCACUUCAUCACGGAAUAUGGCACCCAUUAUAUAACAGAAGGAGUCAUGGGUGGUAUUCUGGAUUACACCGUGGUGGUCGACAAGAAGGAGAUGGAAAAACAAAAGAUAGAGGCUCAGGAUGUAAAAAAUUGCAUUGGCUUUUCUUUGGGCCUUUCAAAAUCCUUCACUUCAGAAGUGAGUGGCAAGCUCACAGCAGCAGUUGAUCAUUGUAAGACCACAGGAUCCUUUAAAAGAGAGAAAGAGGGAGAGUCUCCCCUGAUCAAGGAUGUGAUCGGCUUCGUAAAAGGAGGCAUCGCGGGCCCCAGUGCUGCUAAGUUAGUCGUCCACAGUGCCGAGAGUUACAGGGCCUGGGGCAAAUCUCUCAAAUACAACCCAGUCGUCAUUAAGUUUGAGACUCUGCCUAUCUACGAGCUGGUGCGCUCCAGCACGGCGGCGGCUCAGGCACGCACCAGGGUGCCGCUCUUGAAACAGGCAUGGGGGGAGUACAUGGCGCAGUUUAACCCGUGCCGCUGUGCCCCCUGCAUGAACAACGGCAUGCCUGUGCUCACACGUACAUCCUGCAGCUGCCUCUGCAAGACAGGAUACUACGGCCUCGCCUGCGAGAAAAGCGAACGCACACCUGGUCCUAGUCAUGGAUCAUGGAGCUGCUGGACAUCCUGGUCUUCCUGCAUGUCCGGGACAAAGACACGAACACGACAGUGUAAUAACCCCCCUCCUAAAGACAGCGGCUUCCCGUGUAGAGGAAAUCCAUUGCAGAAGGAACGCUGCUGAAAUAAGCAUGUGCUGCUUCUAAAAUGUGAUAUAAUGUUUAUUCUAUGGAAAGUUUUUAAUGGGUGAACAGUCUACUCAAGUUUUCUGGAUGCAUUUAUCUAAUAAUCAAUAAAAAGCUAUAGUGGACACCA